AUGACCUACAUUUCUGACCGUAGAAUUAAGUGGAAAAGAGAGGUCUCUGGUGGAGAAGAGGAUGAAGAUGGAGGGGAGCAAGGCACCAGUGGAGAGAGUGAGCCUGAACCGAAGAAAGUUAAAGCAAGAAGACCUGUCCAAAGGAGAACAGUGGCCAAAACUGGUGUUAAAAAGCCCCACAAAAUCCAGCGUGGGAAGAGAAAGAAACCAGACUCCUCUGAAGAUGACGAUGAUGACGAAGACGAUGAGACCCCCAAGAGACAAACUCGACGAAGAGCAGCCAAAAAUGUCAGUUACAAAGAGGAUGAUGAUUUUGAGACGGAUUCUGAUGACCUGAUAGAGAUGACUGGGGAAGGAGCUGAUGAACAACAAGACAACAGUGAAACUAUUGAGAAAGUCUUGGACAUCAGGCUUGGAAAAAAGGGAGCCAUUGGUGCUUCCACCACAGUGUAUGCAACUGAAGCCAACGGCAACCCCAGCGCGGACUUCGAUCCGGAGAAGGAUGAGGGAGAAGUUCAGUACCUGAUCAAAUGGAAAGGCUGGUCCUACAUCCAUAGCACGUGGGAGAGUGAAGAGUCCUUGCAGCAGCAGAAAGUGAAGGGCCUGAAAAAGCUAGAAAACUUCAAGAAAAAAGAGGAGGAGAUCAAGCAAUGGCUGGGCAAGGUAUCACCUGAAGAUGUAGAAUAUUUCAACUGCCAACAAGAGCUGGCUUCAGAGCUGAACAAACAGUAUCAAAUAGUGGAGAGAGUAAUUGCUGUGAAGACCAGCAAGUCUGCCACGGGACAUUCAGAUUUCCCAGCAAACAGUCGCAAAACAUCCUCAAAUGACCCUGAAUACCUGUGUAAGUGGAUGGGGCUGCCCUAUGCCGAGUGCAGCUGGGAAGAUGAGGCUCUGAUAAGCAAGAAAUUUCAGCACUGCAUCGACAGCUUCAACAAUCGUAACAACUCCAAAACGAUUCCCACCCGGGACUGCAAGGUAUUGAAGCAGAGACCAAGGUUUGUUGCCUUGAAGAAACAGCCCUCGUACAUCGGCGGUGAGAACCUGGAGCUGCGCGAUUACCAGCUGGAAGGUCUCAACUGGCUCGCUCACUCCUGGUGCAAGAACAACAGUGUAAUCCUGGCUGACGAAAUGGGACUAGGCAAAACGAUUCAGACAAUAUCAUUCCUGUCGUACCUAUUCCAUCAGCACCAGCUCUAUGGCCCUUUCCUGGUGGUUGUGCCCUUGUCCACUCUCACCUCUUGGCAGAGAGAGUUUGAAGUGUGGGCGCCAGAGAUAAACGUGGUGGUUUACAUUGGAGACCUCAUGAGCAGGAACAUGAUACGUGAAUAUGAGUGGAUCCAUUCUCAGUCUAAAAGACUGAAAUUCAAUGCACUUAUCACAACCUACGAGAUCCUCCUCAAGGAUAAGACUGUUUUGGGAAGUAUUAACUGGGCCUUUCUAGGCGUGGAUGAAGCCCAUCGGUUGAAAAAUGAUGACUCUCUGCUGUACAAAACAUUGAUUGAUUUCAAGUCCAACCACAGGCUGCUGAUCACUGGCACCCCUCUUCAAAAUUCACUCAAGGAACUCUGGUCCCUGCUGCAUUUCAUCAUGCCAGAGAAGUUUGAGUUCUGGGAGGAUUUUGAAGAGGAUCAUGGGAAAGGUAGAGAGAAUGGCUACCAGAGCCUUCACAAAGUCCUGGAGCCAUUUCUCCUACGCAGAGUGAAGAAGGAUGUGGAGAAAUCUUUGCCAGCCAAAGUGGAGCAGAUCCUCCGGGUGGAAAUGUCUGCUCUGCAGAAACAGUAUUACAAGUGGAUUUUGACAAGAAACUACAAAGCUCUUUCAAAGGGAACAAGGGGUAGCACAUCUGGUUUCCUAAACAUUGUGAUGGAAUUGAAAAAGUGCUGCAACCACUGCUACCUUAUCAAACCUCCUGAGGAAAACGAGAGAGAGAAUGGCCUUGAGACCCUGCAGUCUCUGAUCAGGAGCAGUGGAAAGCUAAUUCUCUUGGACAAACUGCUGACCAGGCUGCGGGAGAGAGGCAACAGAGUGCUGAUCUUCUCCCAGAUGGUGAGGAUGCUGGACAUCUUGGCAGAGUAUCUGACUAUCAAACACUACCCUUUUCAGCGCUUGGACGGCUCGAUCAAGGGGGAGAUCCGAAAACAGGCGCUCGACCACUUCAACGCUGACGGCUCCGAGGACUUCUGUUUCUUGUUGUCAACACGAGCUGGAGGGCUGGGAAUUAAUUUGGCCUCUGCUGAUACUGUUGUUAUCUUUGACUCAGACUGGAACCCCCAAAAUGAUCUCCAGGCUCAGGCCCGAGCUCACCGCAUUGGACAAAAGAAGCAGGUGAAUAUUUACCGCCUGGUCACAAAGGGGACAGUGGAAGAGGAGAUCAUUGAGAGAGCCAAGAAGAAAAUGGUGCUGGAUCAUUUGGUUAUCCAGCGCAUGGACACCACUGGCCGCACUGUUCUGGACAACAACUCUGGGAGGUCCAACUCAAAUCCUUUCAACAAAGAGGAGCUGACAGCUAUUCUGAAGUUUGGAGCUGAAGAUCUCUUCAAAGAACUUGAAGGGGAAGAGUCAGAGCCUCAGGAGAUGGACAUCGAUGAGAUCCUGCGUCUGGCUGAAACACGGGAGAAUGAAGUGUCCACCAGUGCCACUGACGAGCUCCUCUCCCAGUUCAAGGUCGCCAACUUUGCAACCAUGGAAGAGGAGGAGACAGAGCUGGACGAGCGGUCCCAAAAGGACUGGGAUGAUAUUAUUCCAGAGGAGCAGAGGAAAAAGGUGGAGGAGGAAGAAAGGCAGAAAGAGUUGGAGGAAAUCUACAUGCUGCCUCGAAUCCGGAGCUCGACUAAAAAGGCUCAGACAAAUGACAGUGAAUCAGAUGCAGAAACUAAGAGAAGGCUUCAGAGAUCAUCUGGAUCAGAAAGCGAGACUGACGACACCGAUGACGAGAAGAGACCAAAGCGCAGGGGACGGCCUCGGAGUGUUAGAAAAGAUACUGUGGAAGGAUUUACUGAUGCUGAAAUCAGGAGGUUUAUCAAGGCUUACAAGAAGUUUGGAUUGCCUCUUGAACGACUGGAGUGUAUUGCUCGGGAUGCUGAGCUGGUGGAUAAGUCUGUGGCUGAUCUGAAACGGUUAGGGGAGCUCAUCCACAACAGUUGUGUGUCAGCAAUGCAAGAAUAUGAGGAGCAGCUGAAAGAAAAUCCAGGGGAAGGGAAAGGACCUGGAAAGAGACGAGGUCCUACUAUCAAGAUUUCUGGUGUCCAAGUCAAUGUGAAAUCCAUCAUCCAGCAUGAAGAGGAGUUUGAAAUGCUGCAUAAAUCCAUUCCCACGGACCCAGAGGAAAGGAAGAAGUACCGCCUGACGUGCCGUGUCAAAGCUGCUCAUUUUGAUGUAGACUGGGGAGUGGAGGAGGAUUCUCGCUUGUUAGUGGGAAUUUACGAGCAUGGUUAUGGAAACUGGGAGCUAAUUAAAACAGAUCCGGAAUUGAAGUUAUCCGAUAAGAUCCUACCUGUUGAGACUGAUAAGAAACCUCAGGGAAAACAGCUCCAGACUCGAGUUGAUUAUCUACUGAAACUGCUGAAGAAAGAUCUAGACAAGAAAGAAAACAUGAAAGAUGGGGAAGAGGGCAAGCUAAAGAAGAGGAAACCACGAGUAAAGAAAGAGAACAAGGCUCCCAAAGUCAAAGAUGAGCAUGGGAAUGAACUCUCCUCUCCUCGGCACUCAGACAACCAGUCAGAAGAAGGUGAAGUCAAGGAGGAUGGCUUGGACAAGAGCCCUGUGAAAAAGAAACAGAAGAAGAAAGAGAACAAAGAGAACAAGGAAAAGCAGACAUCCACUAAGAAGGAAAAGGAAAGUGAUAAAGAGAAAAAGAAGACAAAAGACAAGAAAGAGAAGCCUAAAGGUGGUGAGGCCAAAUCUGGAAGUAAAGGGAAGAGAUCACAAGGUCCUGUGCACAUUACUGCAGGGAGUGAGCCGAUCCCCAUUGGAGAAGAUGAGGAUGAUGAUCUGGACCAAGAAACAUUCAGCAUAUGCAAGGAAAGGAUGAGACCAGUCAAAAAAGCACUGAAGCAACUUGAUAAGCCUGAUAAGGGACUGACAGUUCAAGAACAGCUGGAGCACACACGCAACUGCCUCCUAAAAAUUGGUGAUCGCAUCUCUGAGUGCCUUAAAGCCUACACUGACCAGGAUCACAUCAAGCUAUGGAGAAGGAACCUAUGGAUAUUUGUGUCAAAAUUCACAGAAUUUGAUGCCAGGAAACUACACAAACUCUACAAGAUGGCUCAUAAGAAAAGAUCACAGGAAGAGGAGGAGCAGAAAAAGAAGGAGGACAUGUCCAGCAUGAAGAAGCCGUUCCGCCCAGAGCCUUCAAGCUCCAGCCGCGAUUCCGUGAUGUCCCAGUCUCACGUGCCUCACAAUCCUCAUUCCCAGAAGAUCCAUAUGCCCCCUUCCCACACCCAGCAGCAGAUGCAUGGGCACCCACGUGACAACUAUGGCCAUCCAAACAAGAGGCACUUCAGCAACACAGACCGAGGAGACUGGCAGAGGGAUCGAAAGUUCAACUAUGGUGGCAACAGCAACCAGAUGUGGGGUGGGGAACGGCACCACCAGUACGAGCAGCACUGGUACAAGGACCACCACUACGGGGACCGGCGAUCCCGUGGGGAUCCUCACCGGAGCUCUGGGAACUACAGACCAAAUAACCUCUCCCGCAAGAGGCCGUACGAGCAGUACAACAGCGACCGAGACCACAGAGGCCACCGAGACUAUUACGACAGGCACCACCACGAUUCCAAACGUCGACGAUCCGAUGACUUCAGGCCUCAGAACUACCACCAGCAGGAUUUCCGACGGAUGUCUGAUCACAGACCACCCAUGGGAUACCAUGGCCAAGGACCUUCGGACCACUACCGGUCCUUCCACACAGACAAACUGGGAGACUACAAACAGCCCCUCCCUCCGUCUCACCCCGGAGUGUCGGACCCUCGCUCACCCCCCUCUCAGAAAUCCCCACACGAUUCCAAGUCACCUCUCGAUCACAGGUCACCUCUGGAUAGGUCAUUGGAACAGAAAAACAAUCCAGAUUAUAACUGGAACAUUCGGAAAGUAUAA